AUGGCGUUAGUGCAUGCGCUCAGCAGCAGCAGCAGCAAAAGCAGCAGCAGCAGCAGCAGCAGCAGCAGCGGCAGCAACAACAUGGAAGUGCCAGAGCUGCAGCCGGGCAUGCAGCGGCUGCUGCUGCGCUACUUGGCUAUGAGUGAUGAGCCUGCUGCUGCUUAUGCCUACCUCCUUCAGCCGCCGCAGCCGCAGCAGGAACAGCACCUGCAGCAACGGCUGCAGCAGCAGCAGCACCAGCCACUGCAGCAGCAUCAGCAGCAGCAGACACUGCAGCAGCAGCAGCAGACACUGCAGAAGCAGCAGCAGCAGAAUCUGCGUCUGCGCGCCCAGAAAGGGCAGUUGGAAGUAUACACCCAGCAAUGCCAGCUGCAGCAGGAGCAGCAGCAGCAACCACAGCAGCAGCAGCAAACGAUGCAGCAUCCACUGCAGCAGCAGCAACCACUGCAGCAGGUGUACACUACGAACCCUAUAUCCCUGCUGCAGUCAGACACAGCAGCACAAAUGUCUCGGGAAGCUUUGUCAGGGCAAAGACUGUUUCAGCAGCAGCCACUGCAGCAGCAGCCACUGCAGAAGCAGCAGCCACUGCAGCAGCAGCCACUGCAGCAGCAGCCACUGCAGCAGCAGCAGCCACUGCAGGAGAUGCCACUGCAGCAGUUGCGGCAGCAGCAGCUACUACAGGAGCAAAUACAGCAGCCGCCACUGCAGCAGCCGCCACAGCAGCAGCAACUACAGCAGCAGCAGCAGCAGCAGCAGCAGCAGCACCUUGAGCCUCAGCUCAUCCACUUCGCAGUGCGUCCCUCGCUGCACCCGCGGGCAGCUGCGGGGCAGCAGCAGAUGCUGCCAGUGCUGCAGCAACCACUACAACAGCAACAGCCGCAGCAGCAGCAGCAAGACAGCACCCCUGGAGCAACUGAAGAUGAGCUGCAGAGCCUACAGCAGCAGCUGCAGCAGCUGCAGCAGCUGCAGCAGCAGCAGCGCACGCUUCAAGUUUACCUCAGCCAGCAGCAGCCCGUGCCCUUCUCAGCCGUCCCCCAGAAGGAGCACCAGAAGCAGCAGCAGCAGCAGCAGCAACAGCAGCAGCAUGCCAUUUGCCAGCAGCAGCAAAUCCAGCUGUCAAGGGCGCCUGUAUCUCUGCUGCCACAGCAGCAGCCACUGGGCCAGCUGCUGCCGCCGCCGCAGCAGCAGCAAUGGCAGCAGCAGCCUCUGCUGCAGCAGCAGCCGCAGCAGCCGCUGCUGCAGCAUCGGCAGCAGCAGCAGCAACAACAACUAAUGCAGCAGCAGCAGCAGCAGCAAGAGGCGCCGCAUGCACUGCGGCAGCAGCGGAUACUGCUGCUGCAGCUGGAGCAGCAGCGGCUGCAGGCGCACAACAGAGCAAUAAGUGCCCAGGCAGCAGCGCUGCUGCAGCAAGGCAGCACGCAGCAGCAGCAGCAGCAACUGCCGCAGCAAGGGGCUCACCAGCAGCACGUCGUGGUGCUGCAUCGGCCUGCGGCAGCGAAACAAGUAAGUGUGCUGCAGCCACACGGGGGCGCAUGCAGCAGCACUUUGCUGCAGCAGCAACCUCAGCCGCAAAAGCAGCAGCAGCUGCUGCUGCUCCCCGGCAGCGAAAGCAACAGCAGCAGCUGCUACUUGAGCGGUCACAUUUUUGCCCCUCCCUCAGCAGCAGCAGCAGCAGCUGCAGCAGCAGUACACGCACCACAGGCAGCAGCAAUAGCAGCACCAGCAGCGGCAGCAGCAGCACCAGCAGCAGCAGCGGCAACAGCAGCAGCAGAUGCUGAAGAGCUGCUGUUUUCUUCCCCUUCUUUAUUUACUGAGGAUUCGCCGAGGCAGCAGCAACUAUUUGACAGCAGCUGA